AUGGGGCAGUCUCUAAAAACACCUUUGAGUCUUAUUCUCGACCAUUGUAAGGAUGUCCAAAACCGAGCCCAUGAUCAGUCGGUUAAAGUCAAGAAGGGAAAAUGGCAGACCCUCUGCCCAUCCGAGUGGCCCACUUUCGGAGCAGGAUAUGUGGUGGAUGGUACUUUUAAUAAGACCAUUAUUUUACAGGUUAAGGAUCAGAUCUUCCACAAGGGACCACAUGGACAUCCUGACGAGGUGCCCUAUAUUAUCACCUGAGAGAGCCUUGCCUUUGACCCCCCUCCUUGGGUAGAACCCUUUGUAGACCUGAGUUGGCCCCCUACUCCCUCAGCCCCGCUCACUUCUCUUUCAGCCUCCUCCUCUCUCUAUCCUGUUCUAACUGAGAAGGAGUCUCCCAAGACCUCUCCACCCAAACAUAAACCUGUCCUUCCGACAGAUUCUAACUCUCCCCUUAUAGAUCUCCUAUCUGAAGAACCCCCACCAUAUCCUGUACCUACAGGCUCGGCUGAGGAGGUGGAAGCAAGACCGCUUGCCACUCCAGAUGCCGGGCCACAGCCUGAGACGGGUUUUUCCCCUAUUGCCGGGAGACUGCGCAACAAGCUCGAGGUAGUGCCGGAUUCAACCUCUCAAGCCUUUCCACUUAGACAGGGAACUGGAGGGCAGACCCAGUAUUGGCCCUUUUCAGCGGCCGACAUUUAUAACUGGAAGCAGCACAAUCCCCCUUUUUCCAAGGACCUGGUGGCCCUUACUGAACUAAUAGAGUCUGUUUUACUCACACAUCAGCCCACUUGGGAUGAUUGUCAACAGCUCUUACAGGCUCUCUUGACUUCAGAAGAAAAACAGAGAGUGUUCCUGGAGGCCAGAAAUCAUGUCCUGGGGGACGAUGGGUGCCCUACUCAGCUGCCUGAUGCAAUUGAUGACGAGUUUCCACUCACGAGGCCAAACUGGGAUUUCACUACUGCUGACGGUAGGGGACACCUACGCCUUUUUCGCCAGUUGCUCCCAGCGGGUCUCCGAGGGGCUGCACGGCGCCCUACCAAUUUGGCACAGGUGAAACAGGUUUUACAGAGGGCUGAUGAGCCCCCCUCAGCUUUUUUGGAAAGACUUAAGGAGGCCUAUCGCAUGUAUACUCCCUAUGAUCCAGAUGACCCAGGACAGAUGACAAGUGUCUCUAUGUCCUUAAUCUGGCAGGCCGCACCAGAUAUUAGGGCUAAGCUACAGAGAUUGGAGAAUUUGCAGGGUUAUACAUUGCAGGACUUGCUUAAGGAAGCAGAAAGGAUUUUUAACAAGAGAGAGACACAGGAAGAGAAGGAAGAUAGAGUACAUACAGAGAAGGAUGAGAGAGAGAAGAAAAGGAGCAGAGUUGAGUCGAAUUUUGGCUGCAGUAGUCCAGAGUCAGGAAAGGAAGGGAGAUAA